UGGUCGUAGUGUACCUGAUCACCUGCAUGCAAGAUGUUGCUGGUUUCUUUGUGAAACAUGUGAAGACAGGAAAGUGUAUCUAUGACACAGCACGAAUACAGUCACAAGACUCGGACUGGGGCAGCGUAUCUUUUCUUGAACUCUCCAACAACUGUCUGGAUCCAGCUGCUCAGUUUCGGUUUCGUGAUAAUGGCGCCAUGUUGAAUUUGAAAAGACGAGGAUGUCUUGCUAUAUAUAAAAAGUACAGGAUUGAUGAAAUGUUUUACGUCUACGUUCCUAAUACCCCAGGAGCUAUAGAAGUAUCUGCCUGUGCUGACCACCGGGUUAUAAAACAAACCUCUUGGGGAGGUUUAUCUGGCCUUUUGCAUUCUGCAGCCAGGUGUGCAGACCCUGAUAGAUACUUAAAAACAAACGCAAGCUGUGUAGACGGGGAGAAUAAACGUUUUAUUUUUGGUUCAGUGACAUGUUAUGGAAAAACGACAGAGAAUGUCGCCUGUUCUAAAGAUCAGUUCAUGGUGGUCAAGACUGCAUCUUACCGUGGAUUGUCUGACUCAAAGACAUGUGGUUUGAGUGAUGAUUAUAGUUGUACAGUUGAUGUAACAUGUCUUGUUAAGAAACAAUGUGAUGGUCAACAUGAAUGUAAAAUAACUGUGGAUGAAACCUUGUUCUCUGAUGAUCUGUGUCCUGGGUUGAAAAAAUAUCUUUACUUUGAAUAUCAAUGUAUUGAUACUUCCACGUCUUUUACCAAGCCGUGUGUUGAAUCUGUCUCAUUGACUUCGUCAACUUCACCAAACAAAGGCUUCCUGACCGUAACUAUCAAUAAUAAGAACGAAAUUGUCUGCAGCAAAGCUCUAAAAUCUCAGGCCAAGGAUAUCGUGUGCCGUCAGCUGGGCUACUGGAAAAGACUUAAAGAAACUUCGACUGUUUCGGGGAAGAGAAAAGAAGACGUCUUUCAAGGAAGUAUUGACUGUAAUGGAGGAGAAGCAACUUUAUCACAAUGUCAAACAACAAGAAGUUCUGCCAACGAUUGCAAGGAACUAUCAUACGUGACAUGUGCAGUUUGCGAGAAUCCUCUGUUAGAAUACAAAGAUUAUUUUCCCGACUCCUUCUUCACGGCAUCAGAUUCACUGAGUGGUCACAAUCCAGCCAAAGCAAGGAUAUCUAGUGGUAGUUCUUGGUGUGCUCCUGUCGCAAAUGGUAAACAUUAUCUUCAAGUUGACUUAGGAAGAUCUUAUGUUGUAUAUUAUGUGGCGACAUUUGGUGAUAGAACUAACAGCAAGUGGGUGACUUCGUAUCAUCUGAAUUACUCGGUUGAUAUGAUACAAUGGAAACAAGCUUCAAACCAAACUGAAAAAAUAUUUCGUGGCAAUAGAAAUGCUAAUAAUCAUGUUGUCAGACAAUCUGUGGACGAUAAUAUUGAACUAAAAGCCUUGAGAUUUAUUCCGCUUGAUUCAGUGGUUCAGCCGUGUAUGAGAGUGCAGAUUUGUGGAAAGUCCAUAAAGCCAGGAAGACCAUUCAACUUGACAGUCAACAAGAUCACGUCCAGAAGCGCAGAAGUGUCUUGGUUGGAUCCCGUGGUUUCUUCCAAGAAUCCUGUUACCAGGUUUUGGAUAAUACUGAAACAUGGCGGUGCUCGAGUCAUAAACAAGGUUAUAAUAUUUCGUGGUGAAAACAAGUUCUCAAUGAAGGAUCUGACUCCAUUUACGAAUUACGAAGUUUCAGUGGCUCUUGCUAACAGUAAGGCUUAUGGUGAUCGUGUUAAGAUAGCGUUUAGGACUGGUGAAGAAGCUCCAGAUGGUCCUCCACUGAAUGUCAAAGUUAUUUCAGAAAGUUCAUCCUCAUUAUCAGUCACGUGGGAUCCUCCUGAAGAAGAGAAAAGAAAUGGGGUCAUUAUCAGUUACACUGUGUGUGUUUUACAGUCAAGAAAUGAGCCCUGCCUUCAAACAUUCACGAUGGGUGCAAGAAAAUGGGUCAUAAGCAAUUUAAAUCCAUUAACCAAAUAUUACGUUCGUGUCCUCGCCAUUACCAGUGUCGGUCAGGGAAGCUACAGUAAGAGUAAAGAAGCAUUUACAAAUGGAAAACAACCAGAGGUGACCACAACUCGAACAUCCAGAACAUUAACUUUCACAUUGCAGAUUCCUCCUGGAAAUUUUUCAUAUUUUUACGUGGUAGCUUUGAAAUUAAAGGACGAAGGUCAAGAACUAAGCUCAACUGGUAGUUAUGACAACAAUGAACUAGUGACGUAUGCUGAGGCAAGAAGAUCACCUGGCCAUAAACCUUAUAUUGCUGCUGUAUUUUCAUCCAGCAGUGUUGUUGAAAACAAAUUCAUACUUGGUGAUGGUAGGAAGAGAAGUGAUGCAACAUUAGGAAGUUCAACUACCUCUAGUAAUUAUUACAAUGGUCCGUUGGAACCUGGUACUAGUUAUAGAAUCUUUCAAAGGAUUAUCCUGGAUAAAAAGGACGAUGUUUACUCCACAGACUGGAGUCUUGCUUUAAAAACAAAUGAAUACGCAGGCACUCCUCGUGUGUUAACCAACAUGUCCAGUAGUGACGAAAUUGCAAAGGAAGGUGAUCUUGUCAACUUGUUGUGUUCUGCUCAAGGGGAACCACCGAUCACUUUCAGUUGGGAAAAAGAUCAGACGUCACUGGAGGCUUUCAUGGAAAAGGACACACCUCAUCGUAGUUCUUUGCUGGUUGCAUCAAUGAAAGACCAAUCAAGUUUUGGAAAAUACAUUUGUCAUAUCAAAGAUCGAUUUCAAAGCACUACCACUUAUACAAUUUCAGUCGAAAAACUAAAAGAAACAGGAAAUUAUGUUGCUGGAAUUAUAGUGUUAUCAAUCCUGCUUUUCAUUUCACUUUUGAUCAUCGCCUUUCUGAUUUAUCGUUAUCGCACCAAAUCAUUAAACUCUGAGACAAUCGUGGAGAACAAACCAACCAACGACAAAAAUGAUAUUGAUGAUGGGAAUUAUGAACAGAUAAAUGAAGAGCAGGCCGCGGCGAUUUACACUUCUCUCAAGUGGACUGGGAAGAAAGAAAAUGACGAUGCUCAAUACACUCAUCUAAAUGAAGUACCGAUGAGUACUAUCAAUGUAAAAAACUGAAUGAAGGGGGAAACUGGAAUGUGAUGCUCUGAGCUUCGAGGUUUUCAACUAUACGCUAUGUGUUUUUGAGUUUAGAAACUAGAAAUCAAAUAUAGUUAGUGUUCUUAGCUUUCAACUCCUACUCGUAGGGAGUGGUGGUAAUUGAAAGAACUCUGCGACAAUGCUUGCUAAAGUUCUAACAGCUGAAAUAACUUUUAAAGAUGAAAAGUUUAACACCGAGAAAAUU